GGUUAAGCUCUCAGGGGGUGGAUUCCACUGGUGUUAUUUCAGUUCCUUUUUAAAGAAGAGCUCAGAAUCACAAGGAGGAAACUAACGCCAAAGAUGAGCCUCACAUGUAAAAUCUUAACCAGCUUCCUUCUGAUUUUCACUGUUUCCACCAAAGGUGAGGUCUCUGAAAAUACUGAAGUCAUCUGGGGUUGCCUGGAUCAUGACAUCAACCUGGACAUUCCUGGUUUUCAAAUGAAUGAUGGGGUAGCAGAUACACGAUGGGACAAAAACAAAAUCAAGAUUGCACAAUUAAAACAAGACAAGCCACCUUACCAGAUAACGGACACGUAUGUGAUGUUAAAAAAUGGAACUCUGAAAAUUAAAGCUCUGAAGAGAAAUGAUAGCGACGUCUACACAGUAUCUGUAUAUGAUUUGAAUGGAAAAAACAUAUUGGAGAAAGCAUUUGAUUUGAAGGUUCAAGAGAUGGUCUCAAAACCUGUAAUUUCCUGGAGUUGUACCAACAGAACCCUGAUCUGCGAGGUAGCAAAAGGAAGUGACCCUCAAUUAAAACUGUUUAUAAAUGAGACCCGUAUCAAAGAAAGUCAUCAGAAGGUCAUCACAUACAAGUUGAAGAGCAAACGGACUGAAUCAUUCAACUGCGUGGCGAGUAACAAUGUCGGUGCCCAAACGAGCACGGUGACCAUCAGCUGUUCAGAGAAAGGUCUGGAUAUCUAUCUCAUCAUCGGCAUUUGUGGAGGAGGCACCGUCUUCCUUGUCUUCGUGGCACUACUCGUUUUCUACAUUAGCAAGAGGAAAAAACAGAGGAGUAGGAGAAAUGAUGAAGAGAUGGAGAUAAGAGGGAAGAGACUGACCCCUGAGGAAAGGGGCUGGAAGCCCCACCAAAUUCCAGGCUCAACUCCUCAAAAUCCAGCCAUGUCCCAAACGCCUCCAAUACCUGGUCAUCGUCCCCAAGCACCCGCUCAUCGUCCCAGGCCUCCUGGCCCCCGUGUCCAGCACCAGCAGAAGAAGAGGGCUCCUCCUACCCUGGGCAAACAAGUUCACCUGCAAAAAGGCCCUCCCCUCCCCAAGCCUCGAGUUCAAACGAAACCUCCCUGUGAGGUCGAAGAAAACUCGUAACUGUCUCCUGACGCAGCUGUCCUCUUCCUCUAAUUAAAAGAGAUUAAAAACCGUCCUUUCCCAUAAAAGGCACUGUGGAAUUUCUCCACUCCAGGUGUGCAUGCCUACACUUCCAUCAAGUGUGCUCUACAAGCAGACCAUGAUCUCCUCCCCAGCCCAGGAGCCACAGCCAUGUCUGUACCUUCCAACUCAGCCAUGUGGUCUGACGUCUGGAGUCUCUGGCCUCCUCACAGAUCUCCACCUCAGCAGGAAGGGAAAAACAAUAAAAGUGCACACAUUAGGAUGAUGGGUGAUGGAGCGCAGAAUCCUAGAGCUCUCGUACCCUCCCUCUCAGAGCACGUGCCGGUGUCAGAUGUCAAGCAGUCGCUGUGGCCAUGUCUCGCUACAAGCAGCUUCCUGCUUGAGAGACCCUUGGUUUUCUUAGGGUGGACACCUGCUCACCAUAUCGCGAGUACAAGUGAAACAAAUGCCUUGAAUUUGACCCCAGCAUCUACUCGCUGUAGAAAGGAGCCCAGCAUCGAGCUGCUGAAUGAGAAAGAGGCUAGUGGGUGGGGUGUGACGGCAGGACCAAAUUUGGCCAUCCCACUUCAACUGGGCCACCUUAAUCCCCACCAGAACAACCAGAAUCCACUCCCCAGGUCUCAGCUGCAAAGCUGGACCCACAGCCUAUUGGUAGAUUUAUACAAUGAAUUGAAAUCUCUGUGCACACACUUCAACAAGAGACACCAGAAAACAUAACCUCAUUUUGGGUUUCACUUCCUUGACUCUUCAGACAUGGUCACCACGAUCUGUAGAACCAUCCUUGAAAAGAGGGGAAUCCAUGAAUACUGAAGGUGCCAUGAGCCUAGCAGACAACCUGUAGAAGGGCAGGCUAAGAGACAACUUGGCUGGAGCAAAUCCCAAGUCUUAAGGGACCAUUAUUAAAAGUUCAGGCCCCACCCCCAGCUAGCAGUCAUGCUAGCUGUACUUUGAGGGAAGUGGGAGAAAAAAAAAACAGUUUACAGUUAAGGUUCUAAAACAAUAGGUGGUGAGAAGGCACCUGCUUUGAAAUGUUGGUACCAUGUUGUUUGUGGUCCCAUCCGCCCACCUUCUCCCAGCUUCUUAGACUUGCUAAACCUUGUCAGGCUCGGGCAGGAAGCUCUGAGGUCUAAACCACAAAGUCUAUGUACAUUCAGGACUUCCUGUGAGAGCUCACGGAGGGUUGAACUGUUCUUUUCUCUGAACCUGAACAGGCAUUGUUUUAGCUCCCAGAGUUAAUUAUUAAGAAUAAUGAUGAAUGGAAGCCCAUAGCUUCCUGAAAUUCAAACAUGAAAUCCAGUCAAGUAACAGUCAUCACAAGAUCAACCUAGGAAGAGAAAUGAAGGUCUUAGCACUGCCCCCUUUCUCCUUCCUCAUUGCAGUCCUGAGCUAUUCCAUCAGCCAUCCUGCCAGAAUGGCUCCUAUCCCAUUCCCUUCCUGAAGCCCUCCCUGGCCUUACCAGCCCACGCUGCGCUUUUCUCCUGAAAUCUUGUGGCAUUAUAUAUCAUACAGAACACGU